CAAAUCUUGUUACUAUGGUAUAUUUCGUCGAUUCGGAAAGGGAAGUGGCUAGCUGCUUUGGAAAGUUAUCGAAGCAGAAAGUUUUCUUUCUCUGAAGUUGACUAGCUAAUAACAAACAGAAGAAAAAAACAACAUGGGAACAACAGCAAGUCAAUUAAGGAAGGAUCUGCUCUCAGAAUAUCAGGAGCUGACGUUUCUUACAAAGCAAGAAAUUAUUCUGGCACACAAGAGAUUCAGUGAACUCCUCUCCAAAGAGGACAGAAACAUCCCCACCCCGCGAGUGCCCAUGGAGAAAGUCCUUUCACUGCCAGAACUCAAGUCCAACCCUUUCAGAAAAAGGAUCUGUCACGUAUUCUCAACAUCUGAUAUGAAAGAUGGAAGUCUCACCUUUGAGGACUUCCUUGAUCUCUUGAGUGCCUUCAGUGAUUCAGCUACACUGGAAAUCAAGUCCCACUACGCAUUCCGCAUUUUUGACUUUGAUGAUGAUGGCACUCUGGAUGGUGGGGACCUGGAGAAGCUGGUGAACUGUCUGACUGGUGAGACGGAUGACACAAGGCUUACCACUGAAGAGAUGAGGCAGCUCAUCAGCAAUAUUCUUGAAGAGUCUGAUAUAGACAAAGAUGGAACUGUGAAUCUGUCAGAGUUCCAACACGUCAUCUCAAGGUCACCAGAUUUCGUCAGUUCUUUUAAGAUUGUUCUGUGAAGUCGACAAAUAAGAUGCCAGGAUAUGGAUACCUUGGAUUCUCUGUCCUAUUAAUACUCAGAAGACCUUUUUUUUUUUUCAUUGUAAUAAUAUUUUUAAGAUCUUGCCUUAAAUUCUUUGUCUGUAGAUUAAUAUUUCUAUUAUGUUUGAUAAUGUAUUUUUACAUAAUGUAUAUGCAAUAAGAGCCCUCUAACUGUAUUUUUUAAAUCUAAAUAUCUAGAAUAAAAGUAAUCAAGUCUUAG